GCUUUUUCAAGCUUCAUGUAGCUGUCUAGCUGGUGCCAUUUCGUUCUACCGGUAGCAAUUCGUAACCAUUCAAAGGAGGACUCCCGCGCGACGCUUCUGGGGUGGAAAGGUUCCACAGAGCUCCCAAUGCACUUGGCACAGCAGUCGGGCAUCUUCUUGUUUUGAGCACUGGUUGGCAUUGAGAAGCUAUUAUGCACGAUCCAUCCCAUUGUCAACCACGCAACCAAGAAGGAUUUCGGAUGCCUCAACAAUAACUCAACAACUGGUUAUGGUCUUGAUCUGCCUUUUUGGUUGCGCCAGCUUCCCACAAAGCCGCUCUUCAGACUUUUUGAAUCGAGUUAGUCCAUCUAUCGCCUGCCUGCACCAAAAAGAACUAUCUCCCGGCAAAUACUCGCGGCAAUGGCACCGCAUGCGAGAAAUUCAGAAACCAAGGGAAUCAGUAGCGGCACCAGCGGCAACAACACCACCAGCACAACCAACAACAAGAACCAUUUGAUUAACCACAGCAUCAGAGCCGGCAGUGGCGCGACUGUAGGGUCCUCGUUGAACGGCGGUGGACUCCAUCAGCUGGAUUUCACGUCUGAUCACACCAAAAAUUAUAGGACGCGGAGCGGUUUUUCUUCUUCGUCGUCCUCGAUCAACAAUCAGAGCUUUGGGGCUAGUAGUGGCGCCUUAGGUAAUUUAUCCUUGAAGUCUCAUCCAUCGAGUAUUUACCCAAAUCCCAACAAGAUGAAGAUGGGACGUGCUGGCCCUGGAGGAGUCAACCAAGAGGAUGGAUCGGUGAUUACCUCUGGAACCUUCAUGGUGAUGACACGUCCCGAUGGCAGCCGUGGAUGUGUGAAGCAUCCUCAUCUGACUCUGGAUGGUUGGACCUGUCCGGAAUGUGAAAAGGAAUUCAAGCAAGGACAGCAAGCAUUGCAAGCACGAAAGGCUAAUUUGGACAACCGCUUGCAAGCACUAGGAGAUGGACCCACACCUCAACAACAGCAACAACAACAACAGCAACAACAAGUCACACAACCAGCUCUGCCUUCAGGAGCUCACUCUCCCAUGGGACCCAUGUCAGUCCAAGCACAACAGCAAGCACUCUACGGAGCUGCCAAUAUGGCUGGACCUUCCCCCAUGACGACUGCUUUGCCGUAUGGAAGCUUGGCUGCAGGUUACGGAGGAAUGCUGCCCCCCGCACUCGCAGCUCUAAACGGAGUUCCUGGUCCAUCGGGUCCACCUUCCUCUGCUUCCUCGAGCACAUCCCUGGACACUCUCGCGCUCCAAAUCAAUCGCAUGCAACAAAUGCAGGAUUGGAUGCUGCUGCAGAAGGAACGAGAAGUACAAAUGUUGAGGCAAGAAUUGGCAGAAGCACAACAGAAAUUGCACACAAAUCAAUUGGAACAUGCUCUCUUGCAGGAAAAAAUGAACCAGCAGAAAAUUCAACACGAACAGGAACUCAAAUAUCUGCAACUCUCCACGGCGGCUCAGGCGGCCAGCAACAAUCCCAACAAUGCCGUCGCUCCUGCAGCCGCUGUCAUGGCUCCACCUCCCGCUCAGGCUGUCGUCAAAAACAAUAGUACCAGUACAGAGAGCUUGCCCGCUCUACAGGUCAUGAAGGCACCCACAAUCGCAGUCCCCAAGGACAACACAACCACCAAAAGCAACGCCAAUAGCAAGGAUGUUGCCUCAUCCGCUGUGAAUCGAUCCAUUGCCACGGGCACAGCAACCAACACAACGGUUCCCAUUGGGACUCCCGUCACCCCUAACAAAAAGCCGCCACCAACAACGGUCAUGGCUGCCAAGGUCAACAACAUCAGCACCAGAAACGGAACCAGCAGCAAUCCAACGCCGGAAAAAGCUGCUGGUGCCAAUGACAGCAGCAAGGUCAAUGGCAACAAGGCCCCUCUUCCUGCUGUUGCCACCGCGAAAAAUAAUCCACCCAAAAAACCAGCACCCACCAAAAAUCCUCCACCCGCGGAAGCUCCCAAAAAGAACAGCAACCCCAAGCCCCCACCCUCAAGUAACAACAAUAACAACCCUGCCGCACAAAACAACAAGGCCACCACCAACAAGUCAACACCCCCACCCAUUGCAAAUAUCUCCAAACAAACCCCACCAGCUAUGAUGAACGGAGUUCCAAUCGAUAUCAACUUUGACGAUGAUGCUCCUCCCACGGUGCCACUCCAGGAAGAUAUUACUCUUGGAACCCUCGGAAAGGCACAAUCGUGGAAGGCCACUGUUGUGGAACGAGCCAAAAAUCGCAACGUCGGUAGUGAUCGAUUUGAACCACGAUAUAUUCCCCAGGAUCAGGUCAAUGCAAAUGCCACCAAUAGUAACGCAAAUGACAAAGACCAUGAUGGAAUGGAACCCGGUGCCGGAUUUGUCAUGCCCAGUGAUCAACAGUCGCUCACCGUGGCGUCUUCGACCUACGGAGAGGAUCGACAGAAAGUCAUCAACCAAUCGCUGCUGGAUCCGUACGGUGACAAGGGUAUUUACACCGGGCUCAUCCUCAAGUCAACUGGUAUGCCUCAUGGCAGUGGGCGCAUGAUUUACGAAGAAGAUCAACGUAUCUAUGAAGGAGAGUGGCGUCAUGGGCGAUGGCAUGGAUUCGGUAAUGCCAAGUUUGCCAAUGGUGAUAGCUAUGAAGGAGAAUAUCGAUUUGACCAACGACAUGGAAACGGCAAGUAUGCUUGGUCGGAUGGACGCUCCUAUGAUGGUGCCUUUAGUGAAGAUCGACGGCAUGGAAAGGGGCUCUUUGUGUGGCCCGAUGGUGCAAUCUAUGAAGGAGAAUUUUCCAAUGGUCAACGUGAAGGGCACGGAAGCUACAAGUUCAGUGAUGGUGGCCAAUACACCGGUAGCUGGAAGGAUGGUCGCUACAAUGGAUUCGGAACAUGUUCCUGGGAGGACGGCCGAUGUUAUCGUGGAGAAUGGCGCAAUGGCAUGGCACACGGCAAGGGAAUAGAAACUUAUGCUGAUGGAACAGUGCGACACGAUGGGCAGUGGGUUGAUGAUGAACCAGUGCGCUAAGGAGAUUCUUGGCACAUGCGCACGGCUGCGAAACCUUGAGAGGCAACCCUUCAUUUGAACAGCAAACAGCACUCUCGACCAAGCCAUUAGAUUUACACAGCCUGCAUUUGGUCCAUAGAACAAAACACGAAGGAGUGCUUGCGAUCAACAUUAGUAUGUAUUAUUAACAGGUAAACUAUGAUAGUAGUGCCCGGUAGGCGAGGAGGUGUUCCCAUCGUUUUGCUGUCCGUGCUCCGUUCGGAACCGGUACCGUUGAAGAAGAUA